UAACCAUCUUUUUAUCAUCCGUUACUUGUUAGCUAAUACAAGUAAUGGGUUAAAGAGUUAAGUGGUCACAAAUUACUUGCUACCAGUAACAAAGCUACUAUGGAGAAAGCGAAAGGAACAAUUGAAGCAAGUAAGGAAGAAUCAGAAAUUGUAUCCAAACUUGAUGUUCAUCCUCAUCGUCCUAAUCUCGAUUUCAGUUUCUAUGAAGAUUUCACCUUACGCGGUAUCCGAGUUGACCGAGUUCAACCCCAACUCGUCGUCUGUUCAUUCAAGGUUCCUCCUAGACUCACUGAUAGAAAUGGAAAUUUAGCAUCCGGCGCGAUUGCUAACCUUGUUGAUGAACUUGGUGCAGUGGUUAUUUACAGAGAAGGACUUCCAAUGAAUGUAUCUGUCACCAUGUCUAUCUCCUAUGUGUCAACUGCCAAAGUUGAUGAUGAGCUAGAAGUUACCUCAAGGCUUUUGGGACGAAAGGGGUCUGUUUUUGGAACCACUGUUGUGCUCAAGAAUAAGGCUACCGGGGAGACUAUUGCUGAGGGUCGACAUACUCUAUUUAGCAAACAUGGUAGCAAAAUUUGAUCUGAACAAUGUGUGCCGAUUCAUGGAAACAAAGUUUGAUAUGGUAAUAGCCUCUAGGAAGAGUUGGAGGCUCUUGGAAGAUAAAGUUGUCAUGUUAAGUAUUGAAUUGGCAAAUGUGUAGAAUAUAACGUAUUUUUGUAAAUUAAAUCUCUUUUGUUUCUUCUACUUGAUAACCAAAUAUUAUUUCAUUAUUCUGUCCUAUGUUGGAUACAACAAGGAAUUUUAUUUCUUAUUUGAGUGCAUUUUUUCACGUAAUUAACACA